AUGCCCUCUCCCAAUACUCCCCCUCAAUGUCCUCCUGUUCUACAUGCUCCCUCUAUUCCAGCUCACACUCCCUCUCCCAAUACUAAAUGUCCUCCUGUUCCACUUUUUGAUGCAGCAUCUACUUCCAUGGUCUCAUCACAGCCAGAUGUUCCACAUGCUUCCUCCCCACCACCUAAUUCAUCUCUGCCAUCACGUGGAGGGCAGGGAACAGGUAGACCUAAAUGCAGGGGACAUGGUGGUGGUGGAUGCAAAUGUACUACUGAAACUAUUACUGGGGAGUCACCUUUAACUGCUGCCAGUGGUCAGCCGCCCUCUGAUUCAGUCUCUUCUCACCUAUGCAAAUGCACCCUUACUAGUUCAGCUCAAGAUAUACCAGCUGAUAACCCACUGAAGCAACUUGCUCGCUAUGUGCGCAAGGUCCACAUCAAGCCCAAAGAUGUGGUGCAAAGUCUCCAAGUCAACAUUGCAGGCUAUGGGUCUCCAACAACGGAUGAGGAUCUGGAACAAUUUGCAGAUAAGGGUGGAAUCUAUGAGUUGACAGUCUGUAUUGACAACCAUCUUCUUACUCCAAUGCUAAUUACGUUGUGUACAGAUGCCAUUCAACAUGAGAUAGUCCAUGAUCUGGAGAGCUACUAUUAUGUCAUCCUGACACUUGCCUUCAUGUUUGAUGGGCUGUACACAUUGAAAAAAGUUCCAAACACUGACAUGGCAAGUGAGGCAGAGAUGUGGCUUCAUAGGUGGCUUAAAAAUACCAUUGAGAUGAAGAUUUGGCAAGAAGCAGUGGAGAAACAGCACUAUCCUGGUACCAAUGCAGGGUUUUCUAUGGUGGAGGGGCUGUUAGGUGAGGACUGGGCUAUCGAGCCCAUGAAGACAAUGUUGAAGGAGAUGAGAGAGCAUCUUUUCACUAAUGCUGCACCAACCCACUCAGGAAUGCUCAACAUCAUCACCAAUGCCCUUGUCAAGAUAUGUACAAAUCCUGAUCUUGCCCAUCUCUACAAACCUCAGAAAAUGACGAUGGAGUGGGCAAAGGCAACUGGUGGCAAUGGGGUUCCCAGCCACUCUUCCAUCCUUCCUGCACUGUGA